AUGGAGCGACUAGCACCAGAGAUCAUAUCAAAUAUCAUUAAAUACCUUGUACCAGAUGAGUACUUCUCGCCAGCUAAGUUUUACGACGAAACCAGACCUCCAAUCCGCUGUCUCGCACCUUUAGCAGCACUAUCUCACCGAUGGCAACCUCUCAUCGAAGAGGCAUCUUUCCGCGAGCUCAAGUUGAAUUCAGAAUCCGUCUUGUAUGCAAUCGAGAACAACAUUCUCUCACCCCGGCGUCUUUCAUAUCUCCGCCGGGUUGAUUACUCGUUUCCACCUCCAGAUGAAGAACAUCCUCCAACGGUAGGGCCUGAAAUUGACACGGGUUUCAUGCCUCUUCUGAAGUUACUCGCUCAAAUACCUUUACAAGAGGAGCCACUACUAGACUUGAACGUUACAGUACCCUGGGCUAAAAGAGGCCCCAGUUAUCUCAGUAAACUGGAAGAUCACGUCGAGGAUAAUUUUGAGGAGUUGAAUACAUGUCUCCCGGAAGUGCCCAUGAUACGAAGUUUCUACUUAUCCCGUGGAUUUGAUCGCUUUUUCUACUCCCCGCGCUCUUUUUGCUUGAUAGCUGGUACGAUGUCGCGUUUGGGAUCGCUUACUCUGCGUCUGAUGUCUGAGAGGGUACCUGAGAUUGUGUUGAAGGAGAGAAAUGAACUCGCAAGAUCAUUGAAUGAUUUGCCUUCGUCCAUCCACCAUUUCGAUCUCGAUUACUUUGUUAGUCCACGCUUGCUACUGGAUGCCAUGUCUCUUGAGCCGAUAGAAGAAGACAUUUUGAGUAGAGAACUAUGCAAAUUCUCGCAGAGAGAGGGUCUGAAAGAUUUCUCUUUUGGGGGGAGCAUCGAACCAACAAUCUUCUGGCCACCCGAGCCAGACACAGCUGAAGGGCCUCACUGGCCAAGUCUCAAAGCUUUCGAACUCACACCAUCUGACAUGUCACCCUCUGGGAAGCGGCUUGUCGUCCGCAACGUAUGGCGAUCACCAGAUAGCUGGCAUCCUAUGUUUCCUGUUGACGAUGUGGCGAAUGAAUAUUAUAUGGCGGCUGCGCGAUGUGUUGCAGGCAUGCCCAAGGCGGAAUAUCUCUCCAUAGAGCUGAAAGACUCGUGGUCUACGACUCUCGUUUUCUGUACCGGGUAUCCUAAUGACUCCGACGAGCCGAUUUUGAGACUCUCUGGAGGAGGGGGAGCCAAGAUCUCUGAGGAGACGGAGAAGGAAUGGCGGAAGACAGCGGAAAUUCAUAACUUGAAGUUUUCCAUGGAAGUUGAUGAGGAGGAUGAUUAG